AUGCUAACAAGGAACUGCCUGCUGCUGUUCCUGUGGAUUCUUGUCGACGCAGGCUCAGUCUCCUCUUUACAUCCACCUUCACCGCCACUAGGACGGAGCAGGACAGGGAGGGAGCACGCCAGGAGCUUGGUGGGCCCGAUGAGGAAUGGGGCAGCUGGAUUUCAGCGGGUCAAGAGGGGCUGGGUGUGGAACCAGUUCUUUGUACUGGAGGAGUACAUGGGGUCAGACCCGCAGUACGUGGGCAAGCUGCACACUGACCUCGAUAAGGGGGACAGUGCGGUGAAGUACACUCUCUCGGGGGAAGGGGCUGGCUCCAUUUUCACAAUUGACCAAACAACGGGGGACAUCCAUGCCUUAAGGAGUCUUGACAGGGAGGAGAAGCCUUACUACACUCUGCGAGCCCAGGCUGUUGACAUCAACACCAAUAGGCCCCUAGAGCCUGAAUCUGAAUUUGUAAUCAAGGUUCAAGACAUCAACGACAAUGAGCCAAAGUUCCUGGAGGGACCGUACACAGCCAGCGUCCCUGAGAUGUCACCAGUAGGGACGUAUGUGACACAAGUGACAGCCACAGAUGCAGAUGACCCUACCUAUGGAAACAGUGCCAGAGUGGUAUACAGCAUCCUCCAUGGCCAGCCAUACUUCUCUGUUGACCCUAAAACAGGGGUUAUAAAGACAGCCCUGCCCAAUAUGGACAGAGAGGUGAAGGAACAGUACCAGGUAUUAAUCCAGGCCAAGGACAUGGGGGGCCAGCUAGGGGGGCUGGCCGGGACCACCACCGUCAACAUCACCCUCAGCGAUGUCAACGAUAACCCACCCAGGUUCUCUAAAAGUUUUUUUCACCUGAGAGUUCCUGAGUCUUCUGCAGUGGGGUCGGCUGUGGGUAGAAUCAAAGCCCAUGACUUGGACAUUGGGAAAAAUGCCGAAGUGGAGUACACCAUUGUGCCAGGUGAUGGAGGUGCCAUGUUUGACAUUACCACCAAUGAACACAACCAAGAGGGGAUCAUCAUUCUCAAAAGGCCUCUGGACUAUGAAACCAAGAAAGCGUACACCUUUAAGGUCGAUGCCUCCAAUGCUCAUCUGGAUCCACGAUUUCAGAGCUUUGGGGCCUUCAAAGACACAGCUACAGUGAAGAUUAACGUUUUGGAUGUGGAUGAGCCCCCGGUGUUCAACAAACCCUCCUAUGUGAUGGAUGUGUAUGAGGACACGCCUGCGGGCACCAUCAUUGGAGCGGUGACGGCACAGGAUUUAGACGCCAGCAGCAGUCCAGUCAGGUAUUCCAUCGACUGGAAGAGUGACUUGGACAGCUACUUUGACAUUGAUCCAGUGGAGGGAACGAUUUCCACAAACGAACUCCUUGACAGAGAGAGCAUUGCCCAGCACAAUAUCUCCAUCGUGGCGACCAAACUUAAUAGUCCAGUUCUGACCAGUCGGGUGGCCGUCACCGUUCACGUGUUGGACAUCAACGAGUUCCCACCUGAACUCGCCAGUCCUUAUGAAACCUUUGUGUGUGAAAAUGCAAAAAUGGGACAGGUGAUUCAAACCUUCAGUGCAAAAGACCAGGAUCUACCGACUUCUGGACAACAGUUCUCCUUCAAAUCGCCAAAGGAGGAUAUGAAAAACAACAAGAAUUUCACCAUCCGGGAUUUCGGGAAUAACACAGCUGGAAUUGUGACAAAGCGGAGUGGCUUUAGAAGACGUUUACAGGAGAUCUAUUUCCUUCCCGUGGUGAUCGAAGAUAACGGCUACCCACCGAAGAGCAGCACAGGCACCCUGACCAUCCGUGUAUGUGGCUGCGAAUCAGAUGGAUCCCUGUUAACUUGUAGCGCAGAGGCCAUCUUCCUCCCUGUGGGUCUCAGCACAGGAGCUCUGAUUGCCAUUCUUCUAUGUAUCACCAUCUUGUUAGUUAUUGUGGUCCUUUAUGUGGGCUUGAGACGGCAGAAGAAAAAGGAAACUCUCAUGUCAUCCAAAGAGGACAUCCGGGAUAAUGUGAUCCACUAUGACGACGAAGGAGGGGGCGAGGAGGACACGCAUGCGUUCGACAUGGGGACACUUCGCAAUCCCAAGGUUGUCAAAGAGAACCUGUACCGCAGGGACAUCAAACCUGAGAUGAAGAGAGAUCCCAGGCCGCCUGUCUCUCAGGACAGCGCCGACAUCCGAGAUUUCAUCAACCAGCGUCUGAAAGAGCACGACAUGGACAACGCAGCCCCUCCCUAUGACUCCCUGGCCACAUACGCUUACGAGGGCGACGGCUCUGUGGCCGAGUCACUCAGCUCCAUUGAUUCCCUCGCUAUAGACCUUGAGGAGGACUAUGAUUACCUCAAUGACUGGGGGCCCCGCUUUAAGACAUUGGCAGGGAUAUUUGGGGAGCAGUCAGAAACUCAGUCGGACUCAAAAACCACAGAGAACACACAUUGA